GAGUACGUGGUGGGUCCCCUGCCAACGCCGGCGUACCACCGGGAUGUGACGGUGCAGAAGUAUGGGGGGAAGGUGCCGUACCACCGCAGACCUGUUACUGGCCAGGAGUAUACGGAUAUCUACGCCCUCAUCCGAAGGGAGUUGAAAAAGGCUCCGCAAUUCCUCACCACAUGCUGCGAGUCUGACGGGACUGACCUGGCCAUCCUCACCACGGCCCCACGGGGCUUCAAGUCUGGCGACCGCACAACCUGGUUUGUCCUUUUCCACAACGUGGCUGGCACCGGCUACUACCUGUCACCAGUGGGGCUGGAGGUGCUGGUGGAGCACAGGGACCUCCACGUCUCCCGUUGGCAGCUGCGCAAAGUCUUCUACAACGGGCUGUACUUUGCCAGCACAGAGGAUCUGGAGCAGGAGUUUCUGGCUGGCACACUGGAGGUCGUCAGGCUCAAGAAGCCCCAGGAUGAUGCAGUGCUGGGCUCAAUGAGGCCUCGGUACCCACCCGACUCCCUGGGUCCGCUGCAGUUUGAGCCCCAGGGUCCCCGCUACAGCGUCAGGGGCAAUCGCGUCACCUACCAGGGCUGGAGCAUCACUUUUGGCAUGAACCCCAACUCUGGCCCACGCCUCUUUGACAUCAGGUACCGGGGGGAGAGGAUUGUCUAUGAGCUGAGUCUCCAGGAAGCCUUAGCCCUGUAUGGCUCCAACUGCCCUGGGGGCAUGUCCACCCGCUACCUCGAUGGGAGCUUUGGCAUCGGCAGGUUUGCCUACGAGCUGGUCCGGGGCGUCGACUGCCCCUACACAGCGACCUAUGUGGACCGGCACUACCUGGUAGAGUCAGAUACUCCCAAGACCAACCAAAACUCACUCUGCAUUUUUGAGCACGACUCUGCCCUCCCUCUGCGGCGCCACUUCUCUGACUCACAGUCCUUUUACUAUGGUGGGCUGCGGAAAAACACGCUGGUCAUCCGAACCAUCUCCACGCUCGUUAACUACGACUACAUCUGGGACUUCAUGUUUCAUGGCAGUGGGGCCGUGGAGGUCCGUGUGCAUGCUACCGGCUACAUUAGCACCUCCUUCCUCCACGGACAAGGCACUAAC